AUGACGUCGAAUAUCACUUAUCAAUCGGCUGACGAGACGGCCGAACUCAAGGCCUUGUACGUCGGCCGUAUGCUGCAAGAUGUUGACGGUCCCAAGCCAGUUAUUGACCGCGAGGUGGCACGCCGGAACUGCCGGGUGAUGCUCGAUGCCGCACUCUCUUUGAAUGUAGACUUUAGGGCGCACGUCAAGACACAUAAGACAGCCGAACUAACAAGUUUCCAAGUUGGUGACAAGUCGGAUACGGUACGACUGGUGGCAUCCACUUUGGUAGAAGCUGAGCAGCUGGUUCCGUUCAUGAAGGAAUGUCAAACAAAGGGGCGGAAGGUAGAUCUGAUCUACGGUCUUCCCGUUCAACCGUCAUGCUUCCCUCGCUUAGCUGAGCUAGGCAAGGCGCUCGGUCAUGGGGCAGUAACAUGCCUGGUGGACAGCGUUGAGAUAAUCCCGUUUCUGUCUCGCUACCAUGCCCUCUGCGGUAAAAGGCUGGGCAUCUUCAUCAAAAUGGACACUGGCUAUGGUCGCGCUGGCGUAACCUACAGCAGUGCACAGUUCAAUGCUAUUGUCAGUGAGCUCUACGCCCUGGAAGGCAAGGAGCCGCAUCUCUUCACUCUCCGUGGCUUCUACUCUCACAUGGGACACAGCUAUGGCUCCAACAGCCCCUCAGAGGCAAUGGAUUACCUCCGAACCGAGAUAGAGGGAUGCAAACAGGCCGCAGAUCUUGCUGCAGCAAUCCCACAGCCUACUCCCUUUGACGGAGAGUCAAACUACUCCCAAAGACGCUUCGUUCUUUCCGUUGGCGCAACGCCCAGCACAACAGCAGCACAGAACCUGACUGAAAAUCAGACUCUUUCCCUUCCGGGAGCAGACAAGGCCAAGGCGCUCAUUGACCAGACCAAGCAGAAAUAUGACAUUGAGCUGCACGCGGGAGCCUAUGUGACGCUAGACAUGCAGCAGUUGGCCGCCCGUGCGCGGCCAAACAGCUCAUAUCUAUCAUUCGAUGACCUGGCGCUUACUGUUCUUGCGGAAGUGGGGUCAUUGUACAUGCACCGCGAACACCCAGAGGCUCUAGUGGCAUGCGGUUCGUUGGCUUUAGGACGAGAACCGUGCCGUAGCUAUAACGGUUGGGGUGUAGUCACACCCUGGCGUGAGCAGCAAGCUGGUGAUGCAGCACCUGCAGCGGGUCAAGAAAUCGGCUUUUAUGACCCAGACGGAGACAAAACGGGAUGGAUUCUAGAUCGUGUAAGCCAGGAGCACGGCAUCUUGCGCUGGCAUGGAUCACGAGAGAAUAUGCGGCCUUUGCGAAUUGGUGAGAAGCUGCGCGUUUGGCCGAAUCAUUGCUGCAUUUGCCUUGCAGGGUUCACGUAUGUACUUGUUGUUGAUUCGGCAGCCCAGGGAAGUGAGAAGGAUCGUAUCGUUGAUGUCUGGCAGAGCUGGAGAGGGUGGUAA